UUUUUCCCUUUUGGCCCUCAGGUGUCAAACUACCUCCCGUCCAUCAGCGCCGCCAUCAGCCGCGUCCCCGAGCGCUACAUCUGGCGCUGCUGCGUCGGCCUUCACUCGGCGCCGCGCUACCUGGUGUCCGUCGCCUAUUUCAGCUUCUACCACGGCCGCUUCUCCAAGAGGCUGCCGGAGCUGCUGCUGAGCGGGCUGGCUCUCCUCUGCAGCCUCACCGAGAACACCGGCCUGCUGCUGCUCACGUACGUGUCGUCCACCGACACCUACAGUGUUCAUAAAAGCGGUUUCGGCGUGUUCAUCGGGAGCUCGCUGCUGCACAUGCUCAUUACAUGCCGACUGUGGCAGGUGAUCAGGAGACACUAUGUGAACCCGGAGGUUCUGUACAAACCGUCAGCAGUGCUGAGCUUCACCUGCAGAGGGCGCCACCGAGCUAAAGUCCACCUCCUGAGCACAGAGCCGGUCCUUUGAAUCCACAUUCAUUCAGACCUACUAGACUCUGGGGAUCCGUGAAGAGUGCUUGAGGACACGCCCUAAUAACUUGAAAGGUGCUUGAGGGGUUCUAACGGUUCUUGUUUAGGCCCCAGUGGUACUUGAGGAGGUUCUUCGGAUUCAUGAGGAGGACCAUGUGGUUCAUGAGGUGGAUCUAGUGGACCCAGAAGAGUGUUCAUGGUUCGUGGUGGUUUUUAGGGAUCCUUGAAAAGAUUCUGUGGUACUUGAUUAAAUGAGGACAUUCUAAGAGGUACCAGGGUGCUUCAGUGGUCCUUGAAGAGGAUUUAGGAGUUGAGGAGAGGAUUUAAGAGGGCCUCGAAGAGGUCCAAUGGUACUUGAGGAGGUUCCUCGGGUUCUUGAGGAGGACCAUGUGGUUCCUGAGUGGGUUCUUAUGCCCUCUUUAAGGUUCUAGUGGACCCAGAAGAGUGUUCAUGGUUAGUGGUGCUUGAAAUAGUUCAAGGAGUGCUUGAAGUGUCCUCACGUUGACCGUAGUGGUCAUUAAGGGUGAGUCAGGAAACGUUGGGAUGGUUCUGUUGGUCCUUGAAUGCUCAUGGAGGUUUUUAGGGAUCCUUGAUACAUCUCUGAUCUGCUGCUACCUUAUGAACCAUACCGACCCCUUAGGUCGUCUGGGACCGGUCUAC